AUGGAAGGUCAAAAGCAGACGAAUUUCACGUUUGAGAUAGAUAAUUUCUCCGAGAAGGAAUCUGUGAUAGCAUCUCCACAAUUCUCAAGCAGCGGCUGCAAAUGGUUUGUUAAGGUUUAUCCCAAAGGAAAUCGUGUUGAAGAUCACUUGUCUCUGUUCCUCCACGUUGCGAAUCCUAAAUCGUUGCGACUUGGAUGGAAAAGGCGAGCUAGCUUUUCAUUCAUUCUGUUGAAUCAAUCAGGCAAAGAGAUUCACAGAACUUAUGAAUCGCCGUGCAACUUGUUCUUCGCUCAGCUACAAGGACGGGGUUUUCCAAAGGCGGUGCCUCUUAAAAAGCUUCAAGAAAAAGGGUUUUUGGAGAAGAACAAACUGAUCAUUAAAGUCGAAGUAAAAGUAAUUGAAGUUGUUGAUGCAGCACAAGUAACUGGGAAGGAGACAAUGGAUGUUUGUGGUUUCCAAGUUCUUUAUUCCCAGGCUUUUCGAGUAACUUGGAUUUUUGAGGAACACCCUGACAUUGCAGUGAAUUUCAAACCAAAAAGCCAAUUGGUGAAGACAACAUACAUGAAUAUACUCCUUGGUCUUAUCGAUACACUGAACAAGCUUCCACAUAGCUUAUCCGAGACUGAGUUAAGCAAUGCUCAGAGCGUGUUGAUCGAUCUAACUGAAGCAGGCUUCAAGCUAGACUGGUUGAAAACAAAGCUUGAUGACGUUUACUUGGAGAGGAAGAAAAUUGCUGAUGGUUCUCGUGUCAAAGAACUUGAGGAACAAGUCAAGAAUCUCAAAGCUGAACUAAACAAGGAGAAGAUCAAAUCUGCCGCUGCUAAAGUUUUUUCAUUGGAGGAGACUAUGUGUAAUCUCUGCAGAGCUGAACUGAACAAUGAGAAUGUCAAGGCUGCUACUUCUGCUUCUAGAGACUGGCUCAAGGGUGUUGCUCACUCGUGGAAAGUAAUGAAAAAUAGACUAAAGAAUGCUUCUUAA